GUUACAUUCAUUCCUUCAGAUGGUUACAGUAUAUUCCUGUAGGUUACAAUAUAUUAAGCAAUUAAGGUAACAUGGAUAGGUGGAUAGGUAAAGUUGCUGUUGUGACCGGUGCCUCUGCUGGCAUUGGUGAAGCAAUUGUUAAAAAGUUGGUCAGUCAUGGAAUGAAAGUAGUUGGUUGUGCAAGAAAUGAGGAAAAACUGAAACAAAUUGCAUCGGAAAUCAACGGGAAGGGUCAAGGGGAGAUGUUCCCUUUCAAAUGUGAUGUAAAAGAAGAAACACAAAUUUUAGAAAUGUUUAAAUUUGUGAAAGAGAAAUUUGAAACUGUGCAUGUGAUGGUUAAUAAUGCUGGGUUGGGUUCAAAGGCACCUUUAAUGUCAGGUAAAACUGAGGAAUGGAAAAACAUGCUUUAUGUUAAUGUUCUUGGGUUGUCAAUUUGCACACGAGAAGCGAUUCAAUUGAUGAAGGCAACUAAUGUAGAUGAUGGUCAUGUAAUUAACAUAAACAGCAUGUCUGGUCAUAGAGUUGCAUAUAAAGCAUUUUAUUCAGCAACCAAGUUUGCUGUGACUGCCUUGACUGAAGGAACAAGGAAAGAGCUGCGUGAAAUAGACUCUCAAAUCAGAGUCACUUCUAUUUCGCCAGGUGUUGUUAAAACUGAAUUUGGAAGCAGAAUCGACACAAAGACUCCAGGUUCUUCUUACCCAUAUAUGGAGACGGUAUAUGUUGAGGAUAUUGCCGAUAGUGUGUUGUAUGUCCUGCAAGCCCCAUCUCAUGUUGAUGUUAACGAAAUUUACAUACGUCCAACACUUCAAAAGAUAUAAUUUCUCGAUAAAUUGAAUGCAAUUGUAAAUUUGAAUGUAACAACAAAGUGUUAAAGGGGCAACAGUCGACCGUUGCUUACGGCUUUUGUUAAUAUAUUGAUGCAGCUGGUUAUCAUAGGGUGUUGAAUUUGUGUAAUCUUGGCUAGAUUAUGUUUAAA